CGGAUCAGUUCUCGAGGCGGGGAGUGGCCUUUUACUGCGAGCACUUUCGAUUCGUCCAUAUUCCAACAACUUCCUACCAUGAGUCGAGACUCUUUAGAUGGAAAUAACGACUCUGUACUGUCGGAAGUGUUCGCCUUCAUUGAAACGUUUAACAGCAGCGACAGCGAGUCAACAAGUAGUGUAGCUUACGAAACUUCGAGUGGGGACUCAAAUACCAUUCCGUCUCCAGUUCUUCUCGAAUCUGCUCUCUCAAGCUUCGCUCCUGUGACAUCCAGCCAGCGGAAGAAAAAGGCAAAACGACUGGGUACAAUUCCGCAGUCGACAAAGUUCCAGCGCCUACAACGAAGCCAAGUACUGGCUUUGAGGCAGCAAGUGCUUGAAUUAACUGCCAGACUUGAGCAACUACAACGCACUCGACGUGAUGCGACAAACACAGCGGAGAUAGUACACGGUCCCAAGAAGCCGAAGGAAUUUCUAUCCGUUUGGGAAGACCUCGCCAUUGUGCAAUGCCAAGAACGCCAGCGCUCAGAACAGACAAACCGCGAGCUGAAGGUGAUAUUAGCUCGCCAGCGAAAGCUCGAGCAGUCCGUUUGCAAGUUGCUCGGACGGAAAGACACACUGGAGGGAAUGGAACUGUUAUGCCGUCUCCAACCCAUAGCAGAGUCUACAGGUAUCAGCCGUUCCCCGCAACUCAACAUCGAUAUCAGCGACGCUGUUAUCGCAGAACUGGAGAUGACUGCAGCGACGUUAUACUUGCGCACGAAUUCGCUGUUCCCACCGCUGCAGACUCAGCCUCCAGUCUCCUUCUUCUCACAGGACAAAUUCAGUGACCCUCUUGGCACAUACAUCGAAACGACGACUACCACACCCAUGUCGUGUUCUCUGCAUCUUGCAGCUGAAAUCGUAUGGAAAGGGACUACCAAAGAAUCACAAGACCAGGAGAAGGUGCCUCGUUUCGUAAGUACAAGUAGCAUACUUGCAGCCACUUUCACGGAUACUGUGUCUAACGAUGUAACCUUCUUAUUCUGAUAGAUGCGAGCGAAGUGUUUCAAUUCGUUGGCAAGGAGUUGUAAGCUAGACUUGUACAACACUGUGCGCAUCGACGGGCUUAACUUUGUACGCAGGUACAUUGAUAGAGACCGCGUCGUUCUCGUCAGUGCAGCUACGUGGUUCCUACCAGCUGAGGGAAUUCACUUUCAAGAUAACGUGUGGACGAUCGUAACUCGAUCUCCAACGGAUCCGCACAACGCUUCUGUCGUCCAGAGCUUUUGUCAGUUUGGUGCGCAAUCUUCGGCUCCGAUGUCUGAAGAGGCCUUCGCUCCAGCUCAGGAGUACGUCCGAGGGUCAGUGGGAACGAAGCUUCGCCACCUCCAAGAGAUGCAACAGAAAUUUCUUCUGGAGCAUGAUGGAUCUCAAAUCCAUGUCUAUUAACGAUCGAAAGGUAGUGCUGCUAAUGUAGCCCUUAACGAAUUAAUUUGUCCAUCAACAACAGUUAUCUUUAUGUAUUUUACUUAGCUCGAAGAAGCAAAAUACCAAUACUGUAUUUCUCCUAGUAAUA